AUGAGUAGCAGCUUUGAGAUACAGCCCAUCGGCAGGUUCGCUGGGCCGUGCGCCCCAGUCAAGCGUCCAAGGGAAAUAGCAUGCUUCUCAUACGAUGAUAAACACCAAUUUUUGCUAGAUGAUUCGUCCAUCAGAUACUAUUAUCCACCUACCUUGGGGGCCGAUCUCUCGAAGGGCUUUGAUACCUUCGAGAAGUUAGAUGACUCCGGGGAUGAUCAUCUCGAUAGCUUAUUGAAGACUAUCAUGGCCCAUGAGCAAAAGACGGGAAGCCGCGUAGAGGCAAAUAUCAUUACUUGGAGAGGGAUGAUGACCAAGUUGAUGUCGGCAAUCUUCAGUGAUAGAGAUGGCUUUGAAAUGAACGCCACGCUUUUCCAGGGAACCAUCUUCAUUGAAGAGAACCACGAGUACAAACUCAAAUCUCAAGCAAAACAGUCGCAGCAAGUGCCACAACCUGGCAGGCCAUCGCAGGAUAUGAUGAGCUUUUGGGGCUACAAAUUCGAGACUUUAUGUUUGUUACCAGACAUAUGGGCCAACACCUCUCGAGAAUAUAUCGAGGGCCGAGAGAACCUUAUUGUCAAUAACCACGCCCAGUAUUGUUCUGUUGUAAAGACCGGGAUCGGCAACACAGCACUGAUUCUAGGUGGAGAAGUGGAUGCCGUAUGGGACGUCAAACCUUCAGACGGUAGCCCUGUGAACUGGGUUGAGCUAAAGACCAGCGCGGAGAUUCGGAAUGAUAGGGAUAUGGUCACUUUCGAGCGUAAACUUAUGAAGUUCUGGAUACAGUCAUUUCUCCUUGGCGUACCCAAGAUUAUCGUUGGAUUCCGGACACAGGAUGGGAUUCUCAAGAGGAUUGAGGAAAUCGAUACGGCUUCAAUACCUGGGACUGUGAAAAGGGCUGGAAAGGGUACUUGGGAUGGCAAUAUGUGCAUCAAUUUUGCUUCGACCUUACUUGAGUUCUUGAGGUCUACGAUAACUGAAGAUGGAGUUUGGCGAAUUCGAAGAAGAGAAAGGUCUCCUGUCAUUGAGGUGUUCCAGAUCGAGGAGGCUGGCCAUGGCGAAAUUCUCACCGACGAGUUCAUCAAUUGGCGGAUAAAGCUAGCUCUGGAUGGGAAGUGA